AUGGCUAAUGAAGUCAAAGAUGAAAAGAAGGUUCCUUUACUAAUUACAUUUUUGGGUAACAAAGGUUAUGCUUUAUUAAGAGAAUUAUGUACGCCUGAUAAGCCCGCAAGUAAAAAUUAUGCAGCGCUCACUGAAACUUUGAAAAAUCAUCUCAAGCCUGAAUCUAGUGAAAUAAGCGAGCGUUAUGCAUUCAAAAAAUGCCGACAAAAAGAGGGCGAAGAUAUUAAAACGUUUGUUGCCAAUUUGAAAAAAUUGUCUGUGAAUUGUAAUUUUGGUACAGAAUUGAAAACUCAUUUGCGAGACCAGUUUGUUUUUGGCGUUUCAUGCAAAUCAACAAAGAGGCAGCUACUCAAAGAAAAGGCGUUGACGUUUGAUUCAGCGGUGCUACUGGCUCAAUCCACGGAAACGGCGACACGCGAUGCAGAGGGCAUGCUGGGAGAAUCAACGGCAGCGGCAUAUUCAACGACGGUCAACUAUGUAACGGAUAAGAAGAACAAGAAUGCGUAUCAAAGCGAUAAAGCGAGCGCGAGCGAUCAACAGAGUUAUAGUAGUGGUAGUGGUAAUAGAUGUUAUUGUUGUGGGAAAGCUAACCAUAGAAAAGCAACUUGUAGGUAUCGCGAUUAUAAAUGUAAUAAUUGUCAAGAAGUAGGUCAUUUGGCUAUCGUUUGUAAAGUAGCAAAGUCACAGUCAGGUUUAAAUAGUCGGAGUGCAAGUAAUUUUCGGUUGAAUAGUCAAGCUAAUUAUGAUAAUGAACGGACAAAUAAUCAGGGUUAUAGUAAUAAUAGAAAUGGAAAUAGAGCUAAUAAUUUGAAUAGAACGAAUUUGAAACAGAAUUAUAUUGAUGAGGUAGAUAGCGUUGUAGAAGAAUUUGACAAUCUGUAUCACUUAGUUAAAUUUGAGAACAAGAUGAAAGUUAAACCGUUAAAGAUUAAUUUAGUUGUUGAAAAUGUUACAAAUACUUUUGAAAUUGAUACAGGAUCACCAAUUACGGCAAUGUCAAGUUCUUAUUUUUUUAGUAGACAAUAA